AUGAGCUGGGCGCCGGCUGCACCUCAGCAAUCGUCCUUCACGUAUUUAUCUUUGGCCUCUCCUCUUUCUCGUUCAGGGAGAGACGUCGGCUCGAGGACGCUGCAGCUCCAAGACGAGAGGGAACUCCUUCCUCUCUGUGCAGCAGGGUCAGCUCUUCUUGGCGUCACUAGAGGAGGGAGACACUGGAAGCAGCUCUCCUGGCGUCGAUACGCCUCGCUUCGCGGCCAUCCGCUCUCGCUGACUGCAUCCACGCUUAUAGGCUUGUUGACCGCGAAAGCAGGAGGCAACGGCGCCGGAUUCACGCGCGAAGCGGAGGCGGGAGUCGAGCGAGCGCCGUCGGCCUCCAGCGGCUGCUCCAGGGCUCUCUCCCUAUCAACGCCGCGAGAAUGCGAGCCUCCCGCCAUGCCGCCAGGCACCGUGCGCAGAAGCGAGCAGUCUGUCCGCCUCUUCUCGUGGCGGAGCUGCCUUUUCGUUUCCUUUCUCUUGGCUCUUGUCGAGCCGUUCUUCCGCGUGGUCGGCGGUGUGGCGGCUGCCGACUCGUCCAUCUGUCCCCCGGGGCAGUUCGGCUCGGCGCCGCCCGCCUGCGCGCCUUGCCCAGUCAACCAGUACGGGCCCGCGCCAGGCAUGAGCCAGUGCAUGCCGUGCCCAGUGCAGGCCACGACGCUCGGCGAGACGGGGGCAACGAGCAUCGGCUCUUGCUCCUGCGAGUCAGGGUACUAUCUGAACAUGCAGCUCGCUGCGUGCACGUCGUGCCCGUUGCCGAUGACCGAAUUCUACUGCCCCGGUGGCCUGACGGCGAAUAACGUUGCGGCGAAAUGCGGACAACUCACGGAGGUUGCGAACGGCGGCUGGUGGAUCGAUUUGCAGGCGAUCGACGUGCCUGUCUUUUACCAAGCUUGUCCUGUGAGAGACGCCUGCAUCGGCGGCUGCGGUCAGUGCCGCGAAGGCCACGUCGGCCCCCUGUGUCAGAUGUGCGCGGGGGGCUGGACUCGCGACUUUUUCACUUCGGUGUCGCAGUGCUCAAAGUGCCCAAGCAAACUCAUUCUCCUCGCGAUCCACGGCAGCUCCGUCGUCGGCCUCGCGAUUUUUGUCUACCUGUGCUUCCUCUGCGCGAACCACUCCGCUCACGACAAGCUUAAGGGCAUCCCAGACGACCAGAGGAGCCGCUUCGUUCCAGCGAUGAAGAUGCUGAUGGUUUACCUCACCGUCUGGGGAAUCUACGGUCUCCAAGCGAAUCUGGGAGAGACGUGGGCGGACGUCGAUGAGUUAGGUGCCGCUCGCGGCCACAGCGCUGGAAGCUACAUCGUCCGCGACGUGUUCAGCGCCUCGCCUCUGUACUUCCAGCAAUACGUCGCCGCCGCCCGCAGCGUCCUCCUCUUCACUGUGGGGGGCCAGAAGCUGGACUGCUGGUUCUCUAACAGCCAGCAGAGUCCGCUGUACGUUUACACUUUUUUUGCGUUUCUGGUUCCGGCGGUACUGCUCACGCUGCUGUUUCUCAUCUUCAACUCGAUCUUCGUCCUCUGUCGCGACCGCGUCCCCGAGGGCAAGAAGGUGCUCUACAUGGCAACGAGAACCCGCUGGCGAGACGUCCUCGGACAGAAACUCACCGUCGCUUUUUGGCAAGUCACUUUUUCCUUCCUCUUCUUCUGGCUGCCUGGAGCCACGACCUACUUCGCUGCGGCCUUUCAGUGCCGUACCCUCGCGAGCGGCGAGCAAGUGCAGGUCUUUGACUCGACAGUCAGCUGCGGCGGCAGGUCCUACGCGAACGCCACGCAAGUUGCGCUUCCCGGUCUGUUUGUUUGGAGCUUCGGAUGCCCGAUUUUGUUUUUCUUGGCGAUGCUGUUCUACGUGAACUCGCUCCAAGACACGCGCUUUCUUCUCGUGUUUUCGUUCCUCAACGACUUUUACCGCUUUAAGUUCUUCUGGUGGGAAGUCGCGCGCCUCCUCUUUCUCUCCUCGCUGAUCUGCGUUGCCGUCUACCCCUUCCCGGUAGGAAGACCGUCUUUUCUCACAGUUCUCCUCUCCCUCUUCGGCGUCCUCUUUGCGCUCGCGCGCCCCUACGGAUCGGAAUCAAUCGACUCCUGGACGCUGAUUAAGCGGAAAACUGGAAAAGAUAUCAAGAUCCCGCGAACGCUGCAUGUGCGCGAAGUGCUCAUGUGGAUUGACCUCGCGGUGCCCUUCCAGUUCGACUCGAUUCGCAUGUCGUUGCCCUCCGGAAGCCGCCGGCGCCUCAUGGAGAUUCUGAUCGUCGUCUUCUUCUCCGUCGGACAGCUGCUUCUCGUCGGCUGGGUGCUGUGCGAGAUCUACAAGACGCUUAGGUACUACUGCGGGCGCCAGGAAAAGAAAAAAGUGCUUCCCGUCGAGGUCGAAGAGAGUCCUGACUUUUACAUGGUGAGUCGAGGCGACGCAAGCAGCUCGGGCGAACUCGUCUUCCACAAAUUUCUUCUGCGCGACGAGCUGUUUUUUAUGGAUGCCGUUCGGCUCUCACCGUUCCCUGAGGAGGCGCUCGCCCAGCUGCACACGUUUGUGAAGCACGAAGACCUCUCUGCCUGCGACAUCUUCGCGGCCGCGGACUUCCUCUUUGAGCAAGGCCACGUGGAGCUGCAGGGACAGACGCUCUACGUGAGCGUGCCGCGGCUCGCGAGCAUGUACGGGGACCUCACCUACGACGUCUCGACUUCUGAGGAGUUCACAGCGGAAGUCAGGAAGCUCCUCCGCAGGGUGGCGAAGCAGCUCAAAGUCGAGAAAGAGGUUGGCGUACGCGUGCAAGUAGCGCAGCGGCUUCGCAACACGUAUCGCAUCGUGGGGGGCCGCAGGAGGCGCACGCAGCGGCGCCAGACGUCCGACGAGGUGGCCGGCGGACAGUGGAAAAAGUUGAUCGGCGGCGAAACAGAUGCAGAUGUGCAGCUGCGGUGGCUGCGCCUGCGCAUGCAUGGCGACGAGGAUUCCAGCGCGCGACGGCGAGCGGAAUUCGCGCUCAUCUUUCCUUCGGCCAAACCGGUGGUGUAUCAGGACGAGCUUGAGUCCUCUCGGCCGUCGCAGCCGGAGGAGCAGCCUGGAUUCUUGGAGCAACUCGCCAACACUCUCUUCGGCACCGAGAAGAAGCGGGACUUUUCUCGGCGCGCACAGGACCCUCUGGAUGUUCAUUUGCAUCCGUAUCACGCCGUCGAUCUCCUCUGA